AUAUGUAUGUAAGUAACUGAAGUAGUCGAUGUUAUUGAGGUAGACACUAUGGCUACGUCCCAUUAUAAUAAUAAUAAUAAUAUAACGGCGUCGGCGUCACCGUGCCGUCACGACGCGUCAUCGUGUUCCGUGUUACGGUUGGCAAGUGAAAGUUCUUCCUCAGGGCCUACUUGCUAAGUGGUAGAAUCUGUGUGAACGGCGAUCUUGUCUUUGCGGUUUGUACGGUCAGUAUUCACGUCAGUCGUACACACACCUCCUGUUUGUCCAUUCGUAGACAAUUUUUAUAAAUAAUGCAUUUUAAUAAAUUGACGAUUAUUAAUUAACUGUGCGAGAACGCGACGAUUAUUGUUAAGCCUUGGCUAUCGUUAUAAAUUGGCGUCUCAUUACUAGACUUCUUAGAUAAGAACGAAAGUGUUGAUAACUUUUUUUUUUGUUAUUUACUGAAGUGAACUUAAUUAAAGGAUACUCUGCAAAUUUCACCCGAGUAGGUUUAUAACUUGAUACUUAUAAGCGAGAGCCCUCCUUUAUUGAGGUCGAAGCAGGAUUGACCAUGAGGGGUACCGCGUGGUGCCUGCUCGUGGCUAUAGUAAUAGGAUUGACUGUGAGAAGCUCGUCAUCUCUCUCAGCUCAACUUCCCAAAACGAGUGCUAGCCAAAUGGCACUUAACAGGACAAUGAUGAUGAAGGCAAGGACGAGUUCGGCGAAAUCGUCACUUCAAAGUGGACAGACACCUGUAAGAGCAGAACCGAGCAACAACAACAACAGGGAAGAAUAUCUGUUCUCAGUAUUCGAAGCAAUAAUAUCCACAUUAGAAUCGAAAUUACAAAGGAUAGAAAACUUGGAUAAAGCUGUUGAACAUCUAAUGAGACGAGUCGAAGGAUUGGAUUCGCGAGUAAACGAUAAUAUAGGCAAAACCGAAUCGAUAAUUGCCAAACUCGGUAAUCUAGAUAUAAAACUAUUUCAAAGUCCUUCCGCUAAUGAUGAACCGAGACCUUUUUCACUUCGAUCUGACGAAAACAAAGAAAAACUAAACGAUCGCCUAAUCUCGUUGGAUAUAAAAGUCGAAAAAAUCGACAGGAAACUUAACAAUUUAAAAAAUCAACUGGACAACAAUAAUCUUCCAGGGGAAGAUAUAAAUGCAGAGGCAAGUGAAAAAAAACCGGUCAGCAUGAAUGUCGUGGAAAUAACAAAAGCUCUAAACAGCGAAGUGAUGAAUCACAUAAGUAAAGAGCUCAACCAGUUACGAACGGUUACCACCAAUGUCGACAGAAAGCUUCAAUUUCACAUAAAUUUGGUUUCCGAUAAUCUUGGAAAAGUGGUAAGAAUGAUGUCGGAAGUUCACGAGGCAGUUGUUGAACCGGAAGAAGCUAACGAUGCAGGAGGAGGAAUAUUUUGGAACAAUAAAACAACAACCACGAUGCCCACUACACCUCCUCCAUCGAUAGUUAGAAAUAGUAAAAUUGACGCAUUGGUUAAACAGAUGCGUCCCAUCAUGACUGUUUCAGAAAAGAUGGACGAAGUGUGGGACGUAGUGACCGGAACCAAGAGUUCAGUAGAUAAUCUUCUGCCGAAAACUGGAGAACUAUUAAUCCAUACGCAAAGGCAAGAAAGAGCCAUUGGUGAAAUACAUAACGACCUACGUGUUAAAACGAAUAAGAUUAUACAAAAUUUAGAUAUGGUCGAAAGGAGAUUAAAAAAACAAGAAGAUAACGUCGCAACUUUAGCUCAGCGGCCCGUUCCAGCUGAACUUCUUUUGGAUCCUACAAUAGACAGAUUAGUUGAGUUCGAUGCCAGUAGAUAUACUAGUGAAGACUAUACGCACGAUCAGCUAACAGAAACGACUACACCGAUUGCAACGUUUACAACUUUGCCACCUUCCCUAUCGCCAACUCCCUCCCCUUCUACUUUGUUAAUAAUAAAUCAAACAAUGUAUAGCUCAAUAGCGUCACCUGCACAACAGGCCACAUCGACCAGUUCGGAAAAACGAUCGGAAAAGCGAAAAGGAGGAAUAAUUUUCCCUAGCGUCAAAAACAAACCCUCGCCCCCGAAUACUACAUUCACAACCGACAUGAUUACCAACAUUAAAGAUGUUAGAGGCUAUUCUUGUGUUGAUUUCUUGAACGGGGGCAUGAAAGAUUCCGGUGUGUACUAUCUUCAAAUACGAGGUACGACUUACUGGUUUCUAAAAGUUUACUGCGAACAGGAGAUCGCCGAUGGAGGAUGGACGGUAAUUCAACGAAGAGAUGAUUUUGGUGAUCCACGGGAAAAUUUUAAUAGAGAUUGGAAUGAUUAUAAAAACGGCUUUGGAGAUCCAGCUAAAGAAUUUUGGUUGGGAAACGAAAACAUAUUUAUGUUAACUAACAAUGAAGAAUAUAUACUGCGAGUAGAAUUAGAAGAUUUUGAAGGAAAUAAAAGGUACGCUCAGUAUUCUCAUUUCAAAAUAUAUUCCGAAUCAGAAUAUUAUAAGCUAGAAAUAGAUGGAUACGAAGGUAACGCAGGGGAUUCCCUCAAUGAUCCUUGGUACGGAAGUAAUCAUAGCCCUUUUUCAACAUACAAUAGAGAUAAUGAUCGGUCAAGUUUAAAUUGUGCAUCGAUGUUAAAAGGCGGUUGGUGGUGGAAAUCAUGCGGACGAGGUUUAAAUGGACUAUACCUAAACGAUCCACAAGAUCUAACAGCAAGACAAGGCAUAGUAUGGUUUCGCUGGAGAGGAUGGGAUUAUACCCUGAAAAGAGCAAUGAUGAUGAUUAAACCUAAGGGAUUUGUUGCACAAACAUCUUGAAAACGGUGUUUAGUGUUUAAAGUCAAUCGUAAAAAUAUUAGCCAAUUUACAAUCAUUUCCAUAUUUAUUAUGACCUUUCACACCGCACCCACAUAAUGUGAAUUUAUAUUUACAUAUAGCCUAUUUUCCAAUUCAUCAUCGCCUGUACAUAAACCAUUUUCUUUUGAUUGGAUUUUAAGAAAAGAUAAACUUAAUCCAAUAUUUGAUAUAUUAAAAAUAGCUGUUAACUAACAUCGUUUCAGUAUUUUGAAAAACAGUUGAGGCUCCAUGCGACAUAAAUAUUAGAAAUUAAAUUAUUUAAGCAUAAAAUUUAAUUUGGC